CCUUCCACCCGCGCCUUCAGCCUUUUCCUCCGUUCAAGAUGGCGGCGCCCAUGGUGCGGGCGGCGCUGGGCCGGGCCCGGGCCCCGUUCGCGGCCCGGUUGUACCGAGCGGCUCCGCUGCGGCUGCGGCCGGGCCCGGCCCCGGGGGACCCCGCGGACCCGCGAGAGGCCGCUCGACGCUUCGGCCGGUUCGGGGAGGCGGCGGCGGUGCCGCUCCAGCAGCUCUGGCCCGACCACGAGCAGCUGCGGGCGCUGGAGGAGGAGCAGCGGGAGCGGGACCCGCCGCUGCGGGACGUGCUUGAGGAGCUGGAACGGCGGGAGCGGGAGGAGGAGCGGCGGGAGCGGGAGAGGCAGGCGCAGGUGGCGGCGGCGCUCGCGGCGAUGCCGGCGCGGGUGCGCGCGUGGCGCGAGCAGCGGGCGCGGGAGCGGGAGCGCGCGCGGGCCGAGGCCGAGCGGCGGCAGCGCCUCCUGGCGGAGGCCGCAGCGGGGCCGGGGCCGGGGCCGGGGCCGUCCCAGCGGCGCCGCUCCCCCCGCGCCGAGGAGCUGCUGCUGCAGGACCUAGAGCGGCAGCAGCGGCGGGACGAGAAGCGGCGCCAGCGCCUGGAGCGACAAGAAGCCGUCAAGAGCGCCCUGGCCGCGGCUGAGGCGGCCGCGGCGGCGAGACCGCCCCCUGCUGGAGUCAGCGCCGACACCCCCCAGACUCCCCCGUGACCCCCCAAACCCCCCAUCCUCUCCCCUCCCCCCACAUCACACCCGUACCCCAAAAAAUGGGUUUAAAAGUCUGCA